AUGAAGAAGCACCUGGGCACAUGGGGGUUGGCUAUCGUCUGUGUCCUACUCUUCAACCAUCUCUCCACAGUCAAGGCAAGGGGCAUCAAGCACAGGAUCAAGUGGAACCGGAAGUCUGCGCACAGCACCUCCCAGAUCACAGAAGCCCAGGUGGCCCAGAAACCCCCGGGAGCCUUCAUCAAGCAAGGCCGGAAGCUCCACAUCGACUUCGGAGCUGAAGGCAACAAGUACUACGAGGCCAACUACUGGCAAUUCCCCGACGGGAUCUACUAUGACGGCUGCUCCGAGGUCAACGUGACCAAGGAGGUGUUCAUCGCCAAGUGCAUCAAUGCCACCCAGGCCGCCAACCAGGCCGAGUUUUCCCGGGAGAAACAGGACAAUAAGCUUCACCAGCGGGUCCUGUGGCGGCUGAUCAAAGAGCUCUGCUCCGUCAAGCACUGUGACUUUUGGUUGGAAGGGGGAGCCGGAUUUCAACCUUCCGUGGACCAGCCAGUGAUGAUCUGCCUGCUGGUCUUCAUUUGGUUCAUCGUGAAAUAAUCUUGGAAGCAGACUGGUGGUCACAGAGGUGAGCCGGUGAGCAAACUGUGGAGAGAGGUACCCCAGUCCUCCCCCACCCCACACCCACAUGUGUCUUGAAGGUACCAAAGAGCAGUGAUUCAGCAGUGCUUCAAAUAUCACUCCCAAGUAUCCACCUGUAUUUGUAUGUGAUAAGCAUGUGUCUGUGUGUCAAUUUCCCCACCUGCUAUGUGGCGGCUGGGGGUAAAUUUGCUCAU